GUUGCAUUAGUGCGCGUAACGCCCUGGCCGAGCGUUGUUGCAUCAGUGUACGUAAAGCCUUGGCCGCGCAUCAUUCUACCACCUCGCAAGCCAGUUAGGUCCGCCUUUUCUACUUAUCUACGUACGCUAUAAAACUUACUAAACUUUCUGACUUUCAUAUCAGUCCAUCGGCGCCGCACGCACAAUGAUAACUCUCACUACUAAGGUGUCCGCUGUCCGCAACACCCUGCAGAAGUUAACGUCGACAUGGCAAUGCAGAAACCUUGCAACUGAAGCCACAUUCGAUAUAAAAGCGUUCAAACUUCACAAAUUAGAAUCUGGCCCCAAUACCACAGUUACCGUAACGAAAGAAGAUGCCAUAAAUUACUACAAGCAGAUGCAGUACAUCAGACGUAUAGAGACGGCAGCCGGUAACUUGUAUAAGGAGAAAAUCGUCAGAGGAUUCUGUCACUUAUACUCUGGACAGGAAGCUUGCGCGGUGGGUAUGAAAUCUGCAUUCCGCGAUCAGGACUCAAUAAUAUCAGCGUACCGUGUUCACGGGUGGACAUACUUGAUGGGUGCAAAACCCGUGGAGGUGCUGAGUGAGCUCACCGGUCGAAUCGGUGGAGUAGUUCGUGGUAAAGGUGGUUCCAUGCACAUGUAUGGUAAAAACUUUUACGGCGGAAACGGUAUCGUCGGCGCUCAGGUUCCUUUAGGGACGGGCAUCGCAUUGGCUGCACAAUACUUAGGCACAGGAGGAGUAUGCUUUACUUUGUACGGAGAUGGCGCUUCAAAUCAAGGCCAAGUGUUCGAAGCAUACAAUAUGGCUAAACUAUGGAACCUGCCCUGCGUAUUUGUCUGUGAGAACAAUGGGUAUGCAAUGGGAACGAGUUCGGAACGGUCGGCGUCAAACACGUCUUACUACACCAGGGGCGAUUACAUACCUGGAAUUUGGGUUGAUGGCAUGGACGUAUUGGCUGUCAGGGAAGCAUCAAAGUUUGCGGUGGAUCACUGUGUUAAUGGGAAUGGUCCGAUACUUUUAGAAACGGUCACUUAUAGGUAUUCCGGUCAUUCAAUGUCGGAUCCUGGCACAUCAUAUAGAACUCGAGAGGAAAUUCAAGCUGUAAGGAUGACUAGAGACCCAAUCACAUCGUUUAAAGAAAAAAUUCUUUCUACCAACCUAGCAACCGUUGACGAUCUUAAAAAAAUUGAUAAUGAAAUAAAAAUAGAAAUUGAUCAAGCGGUUAUAAAAUCAAAGGAAGAUGAAGAAAUUACAUUGGAUGAGUUGGCCAGUGAUGUAUAUUCCAAACCACUCGAAAGUGAACAUCGCGGGGUAGUACCCUGGCAAAAGAUAAAACAUGUUAGAAUUGGACCAGCCUUUAAUAUUGUGUAAGAUUAUUAAAGUAAAUUAUGUCAGGGUAAAUGCAAUUUGUAAAUGUUGUACAUUUUGAUGUGAUGGUGUCGAACUACAUUCGACAGGGUAUUUGUUUUUUGAAUCUACAACAUAUUUGUUAUCGUUGUUACUUGUUAAUUUGUUCUCUCAUAUAAAAUAUUUUUCAUUAAGUGUUAUUUGCUCUUAAUAUCACCUCUAUUAUUUUUAUACCGAUUGUUUGUUCCAGUUAACUCAAAAAAGUACCUAUAAUAAAAUAAAUAAUUUACAAUAUUAUUUACACUUUAUACCUAGUCAUAUUAUAUUAACUCAUAUAAUAUAUAUAUUAUAUUAUAAUGAAAACGAUGUUGGUAUAUUAUACAAAACAAGUAAUGAGUACCAAUAACUAACAAUUAUAAAUUGAUUUCAAUCAUGAAAAUUAAAUCUAAAUACCUAGUACCUAUCUAAGGUAUUUUAAAUACCUUAAAAACAGUAUAUAGGUACUUAAAUAAAUGAAUUUGGUCCAACUCUGUUCAGUAAAUAUUAUUGCAAAUUAGUGUUGUGGUACACUUUCAUUGCUCUAAAAGGCUACCUAGUACCUAGUAUAUUCAACUGCUAUAUUAGGCCAUAAUAAAUCUUUAUAGCUUUUAUGAAAAUGUGUGUAUCUGUAUCUGUGUUAUGACUGUAUCAUCAAAUAUCAUCCUAAAUUAUGUUUUUGUAAUUAGUAUGAGGCUGAUGUAAUGUUAAUUUAAAUAUUUAAAUAUAUUAUGUUAUGGACGAUGA